AUAAUCGUCUUUAUCCACUGUCUUCAGAAACUCUAUGUUAAUGAUGUCUCUUUUAUAAAAGACAAUCUGCAAGAAUGCCUUAGGUGCCUGAAAAAGCCCUUGGUGUCACUUGGUAUCAGUAACUGUGACCUCUCACAGUCAGACUUGGAUUACCUGCCCUAUUGCCUGAAUAUUUUUGAGCUCAAACACCUGCAGCUUUGUGAUAUAUAUUUAAGUUAUUUACUCCUUGAGCCUCUUGGGUUUCUCCUUGAGAGUGUUAGAGAUACCCUCCAAACCCUGUAAUUGGAGUCAUGUCAUAUAGAGGACUCUCAAUUCAGUGCCCUGCUGUCUGCCCUAAGCCAAUGUUCUCACCUCAUAGAGGUCAAUUUCUAUGAUAAUAAUGUCUCUCUGCCUUUGCUGAAACAACUUCUACACCACACAGCCAAGCUGCGUCAUCUGACCUAUGAGCGGUACCCUGCCCCUCUGGAGUGCUAUGAUGACAAUGAUGUAAUACUCACCUACAGAUUAGAAAAGUUUUGUCCUGAGCUCCUGCAUAUACAUAGGACCGAAAGACGGCCCAAUAGGGUCUCCUUUGAAACAACCCAAUGCUCUAACUGUGGUGGGACCUACAUUUAUGAUCUGGAGAGCCAACGUUGCUUUUUUGUAGAACUACUGUAA